AUGCACCAAUAUACGCGUAGUGGGCCCCCUGGUAGGGGACCAGAACACGGACCCCCGAGCGCCUCCCCGCCACCGCCCCGCCGGCGCAGGUUGAAGGCUCGCACUUUGCGGCGGAACGACGAGGACGUGACUCCGCGGAAGGGCGGGGUCUUGAGCCCAAGGGGAGAGGUGCUGAUGACGGAGAUGGGCGCCCCCGGGACAGAUACACUUAAGGGGUUGCGUGGAACAGGCUCGCGCAUUGAGGCGGAAAGAGGGCAUCGGAGGUCAGGACAAGCGGUCCGGGACACCCCAGGUCUUCCAACGCUCCAGGGGGUCUACACAGCUCCCACCUACCAACUAGGCCCCUCCUUCUACGCCUCCUGUGCGGCGGCCUUCGAUGCGAGGAAGAAAGGACCACCUUCCCUAGAGAUAGUCAGAGUUGAUUAUGAUGUAUGUCCUGUAGAUAGAGACGAGGUGGAGAUUGAGAAACUGGACUAUCAUCACUAUCUGCCUCUGUUUUUUGAUGGGCUUUGUGAAAUGACAUUUCCUUAUGAGUUUUUUGCUCGGCAAGGAAUCCAUGACAUGCUGGAACAUGGGGGAAACAAGAUUCUUCCAGUCAUUCCUCAGCUCAUUAUCCCAAUAAAAAAUGCAUUAAACCUUCGUAACCGACAGGUCAUCUGCAUCACGCUCAAAGUCCUCCAGCACCUGGUAGUGUCAGCUGACAUGGUGGGGGAAGCCUUGGUGCCCUAUUAUCGUCAAAUCCUCCCCAUCCUCAACAUCUUUAAGAAUAUGAAUGUGAAUUCAGGAGACGGUAUUGACUACAGCCAGCAGAAGCGUGAAAAUAUCGGAGAUUUGAUUCAAGAGACACUGGAAGCCUUUGAGCGCUAUGGUGGAGAAGACGCUUAUAUAAACAUUAAAUACAUGGUCCCUACCUAUCAGUCGUGCUUGUUAAACUAACAGAUAAGAUGGUUGUGUCAACAGGGAUGAUUCCAUUUGUAUUCUCAAAGGCUAUAUCCAAUUCUGUAUAAUAUCUUGUUAUUCGUGCUUUCUUCCUCUACAGCUGCUAAAGUAGUGGCUUCUGGACCAUUAAACUGCUAGCACUAUUGUGAACAAGUCUUUCCAAUACAUGAAUAGUGCCUGUUCCUUAGAUUACAAUGGUGUACUGUGCUUAUUUGUUCUAUGAAAGAAUUACUUCUUUAUAACAGAGCUGACUGGAGCAGAAGUCAGAGUUAAACCUUCAGUUGUGUAGACAAUAAAACCAUAAUUUUCAUACACAAUUCAGCAAUUACUGUUCUGUGUCUGCUUGCCGUGGGGGUGAUGUCAGGGGUUGUAAUAAGAAGAGUUUAUGCUGACUGCUUAAUAGGUGUUUGUGAUGGAAACGGAAGUUCAGCAAUGCCUCUCCAGCAGCUGUUGAAAAUUAUGUGCUCUGAUAUACAAUACAACUGUUGAAUGUAUAUACCAAUUACAGUAGGAAACUUUAUAUAGUCCAUUAUAAAGCUCUGUGAUAAAAAUUAAUUAAUGUUUCUUCCUCACUCAUGAUAUGGGUUUCCAGGUGUUUCCCUUUUUAUGUAGUUUGGGUUCUUAUUUAGGAAAAUACGUGAGAGUAGUUUUAAAAAAUUUAUCAGCUGGGGUAAGGUGAACAUGUAUUAUACAGUCCCAAAACAAAGUGCUAUAUUAAGCAACCAUUGCACAGUUGUGUAUGUAGAAAGGACACUAGUAUUCUUUAUAGCUCUUAAAAUCUUUUUUUAAUUGUUUAUAGUUUAUAAUUGUUUGUAAGUUUCCUCACUAAAUAAGUUGUCGUCACCGGUGCAUCCCCAUAGCGGUUG